UCUCUGGUUGAGCCAGCAAAUACUUCUCUCUCUCUCUCUCUCUCUCUCUCUCUCUCUGUUUUUUGAUGCUGCGGUGGAUUCCUUAAUCAUAGUCCCACCUGGUUCGGGAACCUUCGAAACAUGGAACGCAUCUUAGGCGGCAAGUACAAACUAGGCCGCAAGAUCGGAAGCGGAUCCUUCGGUGAAAUCUACCUCGCUACGCAUAUUGAUACCUUCGAGAUCGUCGCCGUCAAGAUCGAGAACAGUAAAACAAAGCAUCCGCAACUGCUUUAUGAGGCAAAGCUCUACAAUAUUCUUCAAGGAGGAAGUGGUAUUCCGAACAUAAAAUGGUCUGGUGUGGACGGGGAGGAUAAUGUGCUUGUUCUUGAUUUGCUGGGGCCAAGCCUUGAGGAUCUUUUUGUGUAUUGUGGAAGAAAGUUUUCAUUGAAGACAGUGUUAAUGUUGGCUGAUCAAAUGAUCACUAGAAUAGAAUAUGUGCAUUCUAAAGGAUUUUUACAUAGGGAUAUAAAACCUGAUAACUUUCUCAUGGGACUUGGUCGGAAAGCCAACCAGGUUUAUAUAAUAGAUUUUGGGCUUGCCAAACGAUAUCGGGACUCUACAACCAACCGCCACAUCCCUUACAGGGAGAACAAAAACUUAACAGGGACUGCACGUUAUGCAAGCUGCAAUACUCAUCUUGGGAUUGAGCAAAGCCGACGGGAUGAUUUGGAAUCACUAGGAUACGUACUUUUGUACUUCCUCAGAGGAAGCCUUCCUUGGCAAGGUCUGAAGGCUGCAACAAAGAAACAAAAGUAUGAUAAAAUAUGUCAGAAGAAAUUAUCAACUCCUAUUGAGGUACUAUGCAAAUCUCAUCCUGUAGAGUUUGCUUCAUACUUCCAUUACUGCCACUCUUUGACAUUUGAUCAGCGACCUGAUUAUGGAUUCUUGAAGCGCCUAUUUCGAGACCUAUUUGCUCGAGAAGGUUAUGAAUUUGAUUAUGUUUUUGAUUGGACCAUUUUAAAGUACCAGCAAGCACAAAAGAAUGUAGUGCAGCCCCCCUUAUCUCCAGUUCCUGGAGCAAGUAACAAUCGUGCAAUUCCAAUGGAUGUUGACAACCAUCAAGAACAUAAUGCUUAUUCAGGGCAUGUCAAAGAGCACGUUAGAUCAGGAAAUGCUACUGGUUCUGGUGUUAAAAUUCAGUUUAAAUCACCAGUGGGAAAAAAUUUAAGUUCUGAAAAUCCUCUUGAUAAAAAUAUUUUUGGAGAAGCAAAUAUACCCUCUACUUCAUAUUCUCCUGCUGGUACUUCUAAAAGGAACUCCUUGAAGCCUGCCUUGUCUGCUGAAGCUUCUAAUCCUGGACCUGGCCAAACCAGUAAAAUUGGUCAUUCAAGUAGCUGGAUGUCAUCUCUGCAGCGCAUAUCUUCUGCUAAAUAAAUGUCAAAUAUGCCGUGAAUUCUUAGAAGAAUCCCUGGAAUCAUAUGUGAAGCUGCAAUGCAUGGUGGUUUGCUUGCAUCUUUUCCCUAACUGUUUGGUCAAGAAUAUUCAAGCGAUCUAUUCAUGGAGAUUCCAAUUGUGCUGGAAGGUUGACAGAUUGCAUAGCUCCUAUUUUGAGGCCAUUUAGUGUUGCUUCUUUCCUGAGGUGACUACAAAUGAUUGUGUGGUAUAAAAUACAGACUACCCAGGCUUGGCUCCUGUGCUGUACAUAAAUGUCAAAUGUGGCACACAGCAAUCUUGUGUAUUCAUGUUUUCAUGUAACAUUAAUGUGUGAAGUAGGUCCGUUUCCCUGUUAUGUUACUUGAUGAGAAUUAUCAUUGUGCCAUACAAUAAGUGGCAACACCGUUUGGUUUAAAACUUUGAAUUGACUGACAAUAUUAUGAAUUGCAAAUGUAUUUUCAAUUCUCUUUUGCUUCUCAAUUAUUUUUACCUGGUUACGAUUGCUGUGUAAAUAUGAAACAGUUACACCUACUCUUUUAUUGCCCAUAUAUAAUGUUACGAAGCAUCCAUAAAUUAAAUUUCUUAGAAUGGGAAAGAUGUAAAUUGAAAGAGUUUCAUAUUUAUCUAUUGUUUUCAUUUUGACUUAUUUCCUUGUGAAUCUCAUCAUUUUCCUUUCAUUAUGGUAAGCUGCAUUCUCUUGUUAUUGACCAUGUUAUGAAAAGUAAAAAUUAUACUGAUAAAAAGGCAAAUAUUAUGGCUGAAAGAUCACUGAAAUAAGGGUUUCUUAUGAGUUAUCAAAGGUAGUUCUUGGUGGCAUCUAUUUUACACUUACAUGAUUACAUGUUAGGGUAGGGGAUGGGGUCACUUGAUUCUCAAGAUGUGUAUCUCAUCAUUUGGAACUUUUCAUUUUGGUUUAACUGUUAAAGUUGUUACUCAGAAAUCAGAAUAAAUAAAUAAAUAUCCUGCCAUUGUCAAAAUUUGUAAUUUUAUAUAAUUAACACUAGUUGGAAAGAUCAGAGAUUUCCUGCUUCAGAUUGCCUUUGAUUUAAUCAAUAUAAUAUAUUUUUAUGUCUUCCUAAAUUCCUUUUAUACAAGUGUGAUGCUAAAGAAGCACUUCUUUACUUGUAGGUAGCACAAAUUUGACACUUGCACAGGUUAAUUUGUACUGUCCUUCUAGGGAUGAAAGUAUACAAUCUAGUUUUAUUCAGUGUAGUUCAAGCUUUUGGAUAAACUGCUGUAUAUUUUUCAUGUUCUUGUGGUAACUGGUAAAGCUGACUCUGCAAGUGGGAUGCUCAAUUAUCAGUUCUUACUUUUACUUUUGCAGGAGUUCUCUUUCCAACCAAUAUUGUCUGACAAAUAAAAAAUGGCAGAAAAUUGCCAUUUAUAUGGAUGCCACUAUCUACAUGAACAUACUUCAUGAAGCUGCUAUUUCUGAUGAUAAUUCUGCAUAACCACACACUGGGUGAGAAAGCAUUAAGGAAAUAUUGAUAGCAGUAUCACUGAGCUUAUGAGUCGAUGUGAAUUCAAUAAUGAUGUGAAAGUAGGCAUUUACUUCAAUAAGAGUCAAGAACUCAAGGAAGCUGCCUCGUUGUGGUGCUUCAAUUUAAGAACCUUGAAUCCUCCCUCUUGCUGGCCCAAAUAUGUAAUCAUUUGUUGGAUUGCAGCAACAGCCGACAAAUGAGACAUGAGUUGAUUUGUUUUUACUUGGUGAUUAGAGCGUGAAAAGUGUCACCAACCUGGAUAGUUUGCAAAGCUUUUUGUGCUGAUAUAGGUUAUCUAUCUGACACCUUCGAUUGUGGGGCCAAAAUAAUGAAUUGUCUGUUUGACAACAUCAAUUUUAAAGUCCCUCAAUCCUAUGUCUUGUAUAUGUGAGGCAGGUUAUUUCAUGAUCUUACACUUGUAAAAAAAGUCGAAGUUUGAAAAGCUUGGAUUUUCUGUCUCUAUUAAUUUUGUUGAAGAGGAAAGGUUUACAGUUUGGAUUUCCAUAUUGCUUUAGGACUACUUGGGUUUGGUAACAAGCUUGAAAUGAGAAUUGCUUUUGAUAAGAAUGUUGGCUGGUAAAGGUCUUUUGAAGAAUAUAUCUUUGUUUAAUAAUUCUAUCCAUCGUUUCUUCAAGGUUUAUAAAAUUAUUUUUAAGUCAAUGGACAUGAUCUACUGUCAUUGUGUUUGGUGCUGGUCUGGAUGGGUCUCUCAAAGCAAACUAGACAAAGAGACUAAGCAUCCGAAGGCAGCUAAUUUUUACUGCAGACCAACCAUGUCAGAUAGAGUGCAUUGAUUUGGUGCAAGGAAACUGAGAACAUGCAGACUCUCUGGAGGGAUUUCGUAUUUCAUAUGUACGCUAGCUUUUUCACGCUGCUAGAGUAGAUACCCCAGUACCAGAUACUCCAAAUUCAAGAUCUGUAUGUUUUGAUACAAAUGACAAAUAAAAUUAUGUUGAAGUAAAGAAGAGAUUGCAGGGAUUGUGAAGAUUAGUCCACGGCAUUUUGCAUUCCCGAGGUGAGUGAGUGGAAAUUGUGCUUGAAACGCAGCAUCAAUGAGGUGCACUUCCAGAAUUCGAUCAAUAGUGCUUUGCUCGAAUAUUAUUGGCAUGCUGGUAGCAAUAUGCAGAACAAGUUCGUCAACGUAUACACGGAGCUAAAUGGUACUCAAACGGUACCAAUGUAAUUUAAUAUCUGAAUUACAUGAAUGCAUGUUGAAACGUAUGGUUAAAGAUCCCUUAAUAUGGUUUUUGCCGUGUAUGCUGAAGUUUCUGAAGCGCCACUAUACACAUUUAAAGACUCCAUUUAUACCAUUAUCAAUGGUCUUUAAGAAUUAUAAUUCGGAGUUGAGAUGUGUUGUCAUUAUGGAAUUUGUUAAAGUCAAUUCAUAGCCGACAAGAAUGUGUUAUGCACCAUGUCAUUGACGUGGACAGGAGGACUUACGAGAAAUCAUCAUAAUCUUUUUAUAAGUGUAA